AUGCAGUCUCUCUAUGGCGGGGGCGAGCUGGAGCUGUUGGGGUCCGGAGGAGGAGGAGAUGCAGGGGGGGGCCUGAAGGACGACUGCGGCUCUGUGGCGUGGCGUUCCUCGUCUGUGUCCAAUGACGAUGUGUAUUCCGCCUCCCACUUCGCCCUCAUCUCGGCCUAUCAGGACAUCAAGACGCGGCUGUCCUGCCUGGAGCGCGAGAAUACCAGCAUCAAGAGGAAACUCAAGAUUUAUGAGAUCAAGUUUCCGAUGAUCAGUGAGUUUGGAGAAGAUAACUCAUACUGUUCCUUCGAGAGCAAAGAGACGGCUCUGCUUCAGUCGGAAAAUGGGAAUCUUCUGGAGAGGGUCAACGUCCUGACACAUGAGCUCCAGAAGAGGAAGGAGCGCGAGGAGCAGCUGGAGGACGUGAUCCAGGCCUAUGAGAAGAUCCACCUGGAGAAAAGCAACCUCCAGAGAGACCUGGACAAGAUGACGAGUCUGGUGGAGAAACAUGUGGAGAGGAUCCUGGGUCUGGAGGCGGCUCUGAGACAAAGAGACAACUCGCUCCAAAAACUCAACAUCCAACUGCACAGCAAAGAUAUGCAGUACCUCCAACUGCACUCUGGGCCUGAUGCUCACAUGCUGGACUGCCCCGGUAUGACCCUGCAGAGCUCCCGUAGUUUGGACGCGCUUUCCGACCUGAAGCUGCAGCGUCUGGAGGCGGAGCUCGAAGGGGCGCGGCACGAGGCUCAGGGGGCGUGUCAGCGGGAGGAGGAGCUGAAGGCGGAGUGCGAGAGACUGAAGGAGGAGAUCAGACAACUGCAGAAUGACCAGCGCGAAAGGGAAAUGACUUCGCCUUGCAAGCAGUGCGAUGUGGAGUGGAUAAAGAAGGUGGGAGACGAACAGGUGAACCUGGCGCUGGCAUACACAGAGCUGACGGAGGAGCUGAGUCGUCUCCAGGCUCUGAGCUCCAAACAGACCGAGAUCUUGAGGAAGGCAUCUCAGGAGCAGGCCAGUCCAGUCCAGCGUCACUCUCCCAUCCAGCGCCACUCUCCUGUCUCGCAGCGACACUCCCCCAUCUCCCAGAGGCACUCCCCUGCCCCUCUGCCCCCUCACUCCCCUUUACAACAAAGACGCUCCCCUGUCCUCCAGCGCCUGUCUCCAGACAUGCACCGCCGAUCCCCCCUGCUGGAUGUCAGUGAUCAUGGCCCCGCCUCCUACUCCUGCCGCCCCGCUUCCCAGCACCUCCGCGCCAGUUUCCAGGGGCGGCGCAGCUAUUCGGAAGUGACCGACCCCUCUGCGUACCACUGCCCGCCAAGGUUCUCUUUAGAUCCAGUGUCCACUCUGCCCAAGCCUCGCCCGUACAUCGAGAGCUACCCCAAACAGUCGUCUUUAAGCUCCUCCCAUAGCGGACACCAGCUGCGCAGCCCCACGUCGCCCAUCCAGAGCCCACUGUCGGACGGACCGCUGGGAGAAGCGUCUCUGCGUCACUCCAGGGAGAUGCCCUUUCCGCUCUCGGAGGUGGCGCACUUACAUUUUGAGCCUCCUCCCCCCUCCUCGCCUGCCCCCCAGCCCCCGCAGUCAUCCGAGGAUGAGGAGGAGUGGACUCAGCCCAUCAGCCCGCCGCGUACUCUGGGCGUGCUCAGUCCCACCGUGGGCCCUGGCUCCAUGAGGGGUCCGGCUUCCUGCACCGCCUUCCCCAUCCCCCAGAGGCCCAACACCCUCAGCUGUCACCCGCAGGGAUACAUAUCUGCAGAGCACGCCCAGUCAUGGCCCUCCAUCAAUUUGUGGAUGGAAACCGAGGAGAGCGACAUGCGGAGCUGCCCCCUGUGUCAGCUGAUCUUCCCCGUGGGUUACCCGGACGACGCGCUGAUCAAGCACAUCGACUCCCACCUGGAAAACAGCAAGAUCUGAUCGCUAUGGCAACACACACGCACCUGUCCUACACACUAUAUAAGAAGACACAGGCAGGCGGGUCAUGAGAAAAGACCUACAGGACCACAGAGAUCAACAAAUCGUGGUUUUUAAGGAGAGGAUGCGGUAUCGAAAUAUUUCUAUUUGCUUGAGGAAAGUGGACUUAAAUUCGUUCUGGAGGUUGCUUUGCACGUUUGGUAUGGUAGACGCUGCUGUUUUGAAUGUUGUUGCGUGGUUACAGGCGGUUUCAGGUAUAGUCUUACUGCUUCAAAGUCUUUGUAGCUAAGGUUUCUAUUUAAAAAAGUUAAGGGGCUCGGUACACUGUAAAAAAAAAUAAAAAUCAACAAAAUAUGGUAAAUACUGGGAGUUAUGGUUGUCAGAAUAUGACUGUGAAAUAUACAGUGACUACAAAUAUAUUGCAGAUCAUGCACAUUGUGUUUUAGUACAAUGUUUCCAUUCCGAAGUUCAACAGAAAUUAAUAGUGCAACGGCAUAAUAGCUUUUCUAUAUGUAGUAUAUGUACAAUGUUUAUCAAUUAUCAGUGUUGGGAAGUAACUUAAAUACUUGAAUACUAAUUCUGAGUAACUGUAACUGCACUGUAUACUUUUCUAAAUUCAGAGGAAUAUAUUAUGAUAUUUGAUGACACAACUUAGGCUUGAAACUGUACAGAAUCAGUGAGAGAAAUAGAAAACACUGACCUUGUGGUGAGCGCAUGUGUGAUUUUUCUUUGACCAAUUAGUGAUAAGUAAAUGCAUAACAAACGGUCAGACGAACAAACUCUUUUUAAUCCCAUGUUAUGUAUUUACUACAAUUUGAAUGCAACUUGAUGUAAGUAUUUCAAGCAGAAUACAGUACUCUGAUUGGACCAAGUAACAGACUACAUUACAGAAUACAUUUUAAAUAGAUUUUCAAAGUAUCUUCCCAUCACUGUCAAUUAUGCAUUUUACAUUUUACAGAAAUGUUCUGAAAGCCUUUUCUCCUAGUAUUUUAUUGUAUCUUGUAUCUAGAUUGUUUAACAGCGUAUGAAAAAUUGUGAAUGAAAAUGAAACUUUCAACAUUAUUUAAAAGAUCAGGGAGAGCAGAAGUGUCACGACUUAGCUUUAACGCAGCUAGAGUUUUCUAUGUUUCACUUUAAAAACAUUUUGCAGAAGAGCCAGUGCAGUAAGUGCCAAGGACAGUGAACUGGCUUUCAGGUUUGCGUGUUAUAAUUUUGUAACAGGCAAAAACAUUUUUAUUGGAUUAUAUGUUUAUUGGAAAUGAAAUCCUGUAUCAACACCAAAUUUUAGUAUUGUCUCAAUUUCCCAUGGCAUAACCAAUGGUAAUUCUUAAGUAUGGUUUUUUGAAAAUCUACACCGUUUAUAUACAAGACUGUUAUUACCAUGUAGUUUAUUCCAUAUUUUCAGAUUACUCAAUUAUUAUAAUAUAUAGAGCCCAUUUAAAAUUAUUCAAAUGAGAAAAAAUGCCAGUUUGCUUAUUUAUCUACGGAAAAAGUUUGUAACAACAGUUUAACAUUCCUCUCGACAACAGCAGAAGUAACAAAGUGAAAGUGAAAGUAAAUGCCAGUUUGAGCAGCCCUACAGGAAAGGGCUCCUUAGCUAAUCUUUAAAAAUAGGUGGACCUUUUUAGCCAGAUAUACCUUUAUGCUUGCGGCCUGUUGAAAAGUAUAUAGCACUUUACGUUAGCAUAGCCUAUACAAUGUUUUCAGUCCUUCUUGUAACAUAUUGAUUUAUAUUGUUUAUCUGUAAUUUUUGGAGGCAAAAAAUAUGAAGAUAUAUUUUUGCAAGUGACAACGCACACGUUUCACACCAGAGAUGCUUGUUGUACAUAGAAGAGACCUGAACUACCAUGGCACACUGAGAGACUGUACAAGGACUAUAGAACGGGGAUUUCGCUUGGUCUUCCUAAACAUUUGCCCUUCAAUUGUUUGAUGUCAAGACUGCCCAGACCGCCCACCAAAAAAGAAAAGGAAAAAAAACACACCCACAACUACUUAGUUUGUUUACACAGUCCGCUCCAGGUUUAAGAUUAUGACCACCUGCCCAUGAAAAAGUUACAUUUUGCGUGUUCUAGUUUAUCCACCUAUUCAUUCUCAUAUUGAAACCACAGCUGCCCCGGUGUACGUGUCAGCCAAUCUGCUCCAAUGGCUUCUCCAAUCAAACUAAAAACAAAAAAACAAAUCAAAAACAAAACCCUCCCACACCUCACUCCUCUCUCCACACAUAUUUCUGCACACCUCUCUGCACACAUAUUUCAAAAGUCACCGCAAUCACCAAUCUUGCUCAUAAAAACAGUACUGGUUAUAAGGUGAUCACUAACCCCAGUGAGUCACUUUCACCCCCACAAAAAUAUAAUUUUCUUGCUUAUAGGACAUUAUAUUGACAGAACAUUAAUGGCACACUGUGUAACUUUAGAGAGGCCUGCCAUCUGCUUGUAUUCAUGGAAAUAUUAUUGCUUUGCCUUGGCAGUUUUUAUUGCUCUAAAUAAAAUAUCCUGAAAAGCACUGCCGCAUCCCCAUAGAUCUGAUCAGCAGAGGUGGGGACUUGCAAGUCGUGACUUGGACUCGAGUCAGACUUGAGUCACUAUUUUUAGGACUUGAGACUUGACUUGAUAAAAUGGACUAAGACUUGGGACUCGACUUGGACUUGAAGGUCACUGACUUGGGACUUGAGAAGACUUGAAAGGCACUUUUAAAUCUGAAUUCUUUCUAUUCUCAUCGUAAUGAUUCACACUAAGAUCUUGUCAAUUAGCAUCUCUAUAACUCUUAUAGAAAUACUCAUAUAUAAAUAACUAUGAUAUUUUAAGUACGAUUUAGUUUCAAAUUCAUAUAAAUCGCAAAAAUCUAAGCUGUAUUUGGUACAUUGGUUUAAAGACUUGAAAUGACUUGAAGCCCAAACAGACGACUUGGACUUGACUUGGACUUAUGAGCCAGUGACUCAAGACUCGACUUGGACUUGCCUGUAUUUGAGUUGGAACUUGACUCGGGCUUGAGGUCAAAGACUUGAGACUUACUUGAGACAUGCAAAACAAUGACUUGGUCCCACCUCUUCUAACCAGUAACUUUUCUAUGGAGCGAUGAAAAAUGUUACACGAUUUCCAUAGCAAAUAACAAUUUAACUAAUAAUAUGUAAACAUAUUAUCUUAUGAAUGCUCAAAAUGCUGAAACCCAAGAAUAUGGAGAUUUUAUUUCUUGUCAUAGUGUGAAACAUUCCAGACAAAGCAAUGACAUCUGCGUGUAGAAAGUUACGUAGUACAUCUUUAACUUGAUGUCUGGUGAGUGGUCAUAAUGCUACGCCGGGUUGGAUGUUGGGUACUGUUUUCAGUGUUAGUUCUGCAGGGUAUAAGCAAAAUACUUCUAUCAUUUACUUAUUGUGUCAUACAUGGGUUCAUUUUUUAACCACAAAUUCUCGUAGGACCUUUGAAACAGUUACAGUGAUGUCAGUGACACUCAGGCUUUCAGUUUAAAUGUUUCUAAUGUAAAGGGGAGGUCCCAGGGCACAUGAAAACAUCACGUUGUACACCACUGACUUUAAGGGGUUUAAGGGGGUCCACUAAAAGAAGUCAGAGAGCUUUUUACUGACUCACGAUCUUUCAUGUAUUUUUGUGAUUUCCUGUAAAAUAUAAGAUGUGUACAUAUGUUUGCAAGUGUGUGCGGCUAAUGCUAAAUGUAUCUUAUCCAACUUCAAAUUGGAGUGACUGUAAAUUAAUAUAUAAAUCCCAAACGCGUAUAACCCCCGAUGUUUUAGCAGUAAUGUGUCCUCUGCUGAUAGCCCCAGUUUUUUUUUUUUAAAGUUGCAUCUUGACUGAAAAAAGUGAGUGACAUCUAACUAUUCCAACUCAUUCAUUUUAAAAAAGACAACAUGAAAAGUUUGUUUGCGAAAUAUUUUAGUAGCUAGUUCUAAAACAUGAACUUUUACAUCAAAAUUAUAAAAGAGACAGUACAGCCGAUGUUGCAAGAUUGCAUCAGUCUGAAUCUGAACUAAUUUAUAUUUGCUUUAUAUUUGCACAAUGUGUGAAACUAAAUAGUAAAAACAAAGAAACUAAAAUCAAAAACGACCAUACCUAAAUAUUGUCAUCAUGCUUGUUAGUAGAUAUGAAAUUGAAACACAGAUAUUAAGGAACUAUAUUACACUAUUUUCUGAUCUCUGUUAUAAUGUUGUUUCUUAUCAAAAUCAGACCUGGACUUGUGUUUUUUUUUUUUUCAUUCACACUUUUUUUUUUCUUUUUUGUCAUAUAUAUUUUAUUUUUUAUUUUUUCCCCAAUAUUGUGGUCUUACGGUCACACAAUAAUGCCACAGAUGGCCACCAAUGCCACAUUUAACCCACUUCCUCCCCAUUCCCAAAACACAAAUAGAAAUACAAUAAUAAAAGUAAUACUGACCAGAAAAUAAUAAUGAAGGAUAAAGUAAAAAUUAUUAUAUUAAUAAUACAAAAACUAACUAUAUAUACAAAUUACAUACAUAUGCAUACAUACACAUGAAUGCACACACAUAAGCACACACCCAUAAAUGUGCACACAUGUACACAUGCACUCAUCUCUGUGUAUAUGUGCACGUGUAUAUACACAUACACAUACACACACGCACACAUACACACACGCACGCGAAUAAAUAAUAAUAGACACCCACACACUUACAUAAUCAUAUAUUUGCUACAUACACACAUAGCCCGAUAUAUUAAGUAAAUCCACAUACACUCAAACACAAGCACAUCCACACACAUGCACACACACACACACACACACACACAUUCACACUUGUUUAACACACAAAUCCUGAAUAUUUAGGCUGAGUUCUUCUGUCAAACAAAACACUCUUUUCCACCUUGUGAUGUCAUUAGGUAAUAAGUGCUCCUCUGCGUUUUUAAAGUCCGUACACCUUCACUAGAAUCAUUUGGAUGAUUUCAGCCCUGGACUUACCUAUCUCGGCUGAACUAAAGAUAAAACGGAGCUGAUAACUUGAAAACUACCACUACAUGACAUCACAAGGUAAAACAGAACAUUUUGAGCAUUGGAGAUGUAGACACACAGCUCCGGGUAUGUUUUUGAUGAGGUAAACAACAUUAUAACAUGACUUAAAGCUUAUAAGAAUCAUUUUUUUGUAAUAUUGGCUUUUCGUUUUUUACAUAAAUGUAAGUAUUAGAUUCAGUACACAGUGAAAAAUAUGGACACAGUUGCUCACACAAUAUAAUAUAAUAUCAAAGAGCAAAAAUAUAUAUAGUAAAAAUUAAUAAAAAAUAAACAAACUAAUAAAUAAACAAAAAUAGCAAGAGACUGGUGUCAAACAAGGCAUAAUUAUAUAAAUGUAUAUGCACAAGUAAAAAUAAAAUACAGAAAUACAGUAAUACAGUAAUACAAAUAUAUCUCAGCUCUAUACAAGAUGAAAUAAUGACAGACAGGACAUUGGGUUAUCUAAAAAGUAAAAGAAGCACAAUGCUCAAAAUCAGUUUCUCUGUGUGUUGAAUGCAGUGUGUUCAAAACUUAUUAUAUAAUUUCAAGUUAUAAAUGCAGUCUUUGCUUUCCAGAGUACAUGAGAAAAACAGAAUUUCCUGUAUUCUGAAUUUACGCAUGUUUGAAGUGAAUAUGGGAAGUCUCUGCUCUGUGGUUAAUGCAAAGGGAGGGUUUUAGCUUCUGUCGCCCUGAGUGACCCCACCCCACGCUUCUGCUGAUCUGUUCCCCUGCACAUGCACACAAACUGAAAAGACGGCUGUUUCUGUGCCCAAUUUAUUUAAAGUGCGUAUGACAGGUUUUUAUGAUUAUCUAAUUUCUGCUUAAUUUGGUGGGAUGAUACCUGUUGUAAAUAUAAAUUAUAGUUUUACACGACUCAAGAAGCAGUUUGAGAAGAAGUGCAUAUUGUUGACAUCACACUAGGGAGAAUUCUAUCCAAAAAGUUUGUCACAAUUUACACACAAGAAUUUGUUUUUUCUUCUAACAUUAUUUCAACACAAUAAUGGUGUUUUCUUGUGUGUUUUUAAUGUAAUUUUAGAAUUUCUGUGUACUUUAGAGCAGUUUUGACCCAAUGUACAUUAUGGUUACUGGGAACAGUGAUGAAAUUCCCUAGUGUGAUGUCACGAUUUCCAACCAAGAAGUAAAAUUUUAAACCUAAAAAAAAAAUGCCAAAUUGGGAGAAGAAAAGUAAAAUCUUUAGUAAAAUCUUAACCUUGUUUUGGUGAGAUGUGUUGUCCAACCUGUCAUAGGAUCUUUAAAACAAAACACCAUCUUGUAAAUCCGUUUUUGUGUAUUAUUUUACUCAGGAGAUCCCCACAGUCAAAAAUCCAACGUAUACCUGUUUUGCAGCUUUGAGAUAAAUAGAAAAUGAAAUUAACCAAAAAGUCCAAACCUGAGUCACUUUCCCCACUAUCCUCAGGAGUAAAAUGGCUACCUUCAACAAGAAACUCACUUUGUAUGACUUCAUCCAGGAAUUUUCUGUAGUUCAGGGUAAAGUGCACACUGUCCAGUUUCCACACCCGUACACACUUUUAAAAUGUAAUUUAAAAAAUAAAUGUAUAAAGAUG